UUUCCGCGAGUUCAUUAUUUAUUCACGCAUGGACAAAUUAUUCUUCCUUCGAAUAAUAAAAAACACAGCAUGCUACAGCUAUAAUGGUCGCUAAUUUUCUAUUCAUGCACGGACCAUGUGCUCUUCCACUCAACAAACAAAAACUGUAAUGAUGCAGCAGGUAUAUAUGCUGGUUAUCAUUUGUUUUGAUAAAAGGACAAUCAACCUAUGCACGCUGAUCGCAUCUAUUUCCUAUAUAUAUAGACACAUAUUUCCACUGGUAUAAUAGAACACAACGACGUUGAACUUUCAGCAGCACCUACGCAGCAGGUAUGCUUUCCUUAUUAGUCGUCAUGUUUUCUUCAUUGCAGUAUUACUUUUUCAUAACUUUUUGAUUUGCUGUUCUUGAGGCGAGGGUCUCUCUGAAAUAGCCUCUCUAUCUCCACGAGGUAGGGGUUAGAUCUGCUCAGACCUAACUUGUGGAAUUAUAUUGAGUAUGUUGUUGACUGCCCCAUUUGCUUUGUAUCUGCUUUAAUUUUUUGCUAUUUCUUUUCUCACAAUUCUGCGCCUGUUACUUGUCUUUUGAGCUGAGGGUCUAUCAGAAACAACCUCUCUACCUCACAAAAAGUAGGGUAAGGUCUACAUACAUCCCACCCUCCCUACACCCUACUUGUGGGAUCUACUGGAUUUCUUGUUGUUGUAUAUUGUUGUUGUUGACGUUGAACUUUCAGCAAAUUCCAGAGAGAAAUGGGAAACGCGAACAGCGGAACUAAAGAGAGGCGGAUGCCAAAGAGGAUCAUACUGGUGCGGCAUGGUGAAAGUGAGGGUAACGUAGACAAAAAUGUCUACACCACCGUACCUGACCAUAAAGUCCAGCUCACAAAGAAAGGCAAAGAGCAAGCAAAGAAAGCUGGGGAACUUAUACGCGGCGUGGUUGGAAACAACAACUGCAAGUUGUAUUUCUAUGUAUCCCCCUUCUUGCGCACCCAUGAGACACUGAAAGAGAUAGGUGGGGCAUUUUCUAGCAGUGAAAUAACAGGGAUAAGAGAAGAAUGCAGGUUGAGAGAAAUGGACUAUGCCAAAUUUGAGAAUACAGAGAAGAUGGAAGAGUUUAAGAAGGAAAGAGACAGAUAUGGAAAGUUUUUCUACCGGUUUCCACAUGGAGAAUCCGCUGCAGAUGUGUAUGAUCGGGUUUCAGGUUUCGUGGAAUCACUAUGGAGGGAUAUAGACAUGGACAAAAUUCCUCACAGUGCCAACGACAACCUAAAUAUUGUUAUAAUAAGUCACGGACUUACCGUUAGAGUUUUGCUCAUGAGAUUCUUCAGAUGGACAGCAGAACAAGUGGAAAACCUAACAAGUCCAAAAAAUGCUGAGGUUCGAAUAAUGGAGUUAGGACAUGAGGGUGAGUAUAGUCUUGCAUUAUAUCAUGAUGUUCAAACAUUAGAAAAAUGGGGGUUGUCCCCUGAAAUGAUUGUUGAUCAAAAGCAGAGGGCAUUUGGUCCUAAGGUUGACCUUGACAAGUGCUUCUUCACUAGUUACUUUGAGAAAAAUAACGUGUAACCAAUAAAUCAAUAUUUAUCACGCUGCUU